CCCCCGUCACCAGGCGAUGCUGCGGCCAAGAUGGCGCCGGGCGUCGAGUGAGCGCGAGUGGGGAUAGCGGCUCCGCUCCCGGCGCUCUCCCCACCUCGGGCAGGGGCGGGCGCAGGGAUGAGCCGCGUUCCCGGUCCCGGCUGGUCGUCGUGAGGGGCGCGGGCAGGCAGACACCAUGGCGGGGAUUAUCAAGAAGCAGAUCCUGAAGCAUCUCUCCAGCGAUCCCAGCUGGCUCUGGUGGAGAUUGGUUUGCUGUGAAUAUCCUUACUACCAAAAUGAGUACCAGAAGCUUCUCAGAAGCCGUGGCAACUGACCACUUGCUUUCACCAGGAAUAGGGGCCUUAUGUCUGAAUACCUUGCCCUCAGGUUCACCAAAAAUCUGUCACCUGACAAGAUCAACCUGAGCACGUUAAAGGGGGAAGGUCAGCUGACCAAUUUAGAGUUGGAUCAAGAGGUGCUCCAGAACAUGCUGGAUCUUCCAACAUGGCUGGCUAUAAACAAGGUGUUUUGUAAUAAAGCAUCAAUUAGGUGUUUUUUCUUGCAGAUACCAUGGACAAAAUUGAAAACACAUCCCAUCUCUUUGUCCUUGGAUAAAGUUGUAAUGGAAAUGAGCACAUGUGAAGAGCCACGUGCCCCUAAUGGACCCUCUCCUAUAGCAACUGCAUCUGGGCAGAGUGAAUAUGGCUUUGCUGAAAAAGUGGUAGAAGGCAUUUCAGUUUCUGUGAACUCCAUUAUAAUAAGGAUUGGUGCAAAAGCCUUUAAUGCUUCAUUUGAACUUUCCCAGCUGAGAAUAUAUAGUGUAAAUGCAAACUGGGAACAUGCUGACCUCAGAUUUACCAGAAUACAAGAAGCUCAGCGAGGAGAGGUCUUGACUUUUAAAGAAAUCAACUGGCAGAUGAUCAGAAUAGAAGCUGAUGCAAUCCAGAGUUCUAAGCAUGAAAUAAUGAGUGCUCCAGUUCGACUGAUUACUAACCAAUCAAAAAUUAGGGUCACGCUUAAAAGAAGGUUAAAAGACUGUAAUGUUGUGGCAUCCAAACUGGUUAUGAUUCUGGAUGAUUUGCUGUGGGUUUUGACUGAUUCCCAACUGAAAGCCAUGGUGCAGUAUGCCAAAUCUCUUAGUGAAGCCAUAGAGAAAUCAGCAGAACAGAGGAAAAGCUUGGCUUCUGAAACAGCCCAGAGCUCUGCCCCUGCACCCAGCUCCCAGCAGGUGAAAGCGCACCAGACAACAGCAGCACCUGAUCAAAACGAUGCAAUAGUAAAAUUGUUUAAUGAUUUUGAUGUUAAGGAAACUUCUUAUCACUUAGUAAUUUCCCACUUGGACCUACAUAUAUGUGAUGAUAUCCAUUCUAAAGAAAAAGACCCAAACAGACGUGUUACAGGAGGGGCCAUGCAGCUUUCCUUCAGCUAUUUAACAGUGGACUAUUAUCCAUUUCACAAAGCAGGAGACAGCUGUGAUCACUGGAUGCAUUAUAGUGAUGCCACUAAAACCAGAAGUGGAUGGGCCAAAGAAUUAUUAAAUGAAUUCAAAAGCAAUGUUGAAUUGCUUAAGCAGGCUGUGAAGGAUCAGGUCAUAGAUUCUCCUCCCAAAUCACCACCUGCUGUAUCUCCUCAGAACCUACAAACAGGCAAGGAACAGAUACCGAAACUAACAUCUAGGGCUUCCUCUGUAUCUUCCCAACAACCAAAGGGCAAACUGAUGUCUAGUCCUAUUGUGGUUAGGCUUGCAGACUUCAAUAUAUAUCAGGUUUCAACAGCAGACCAGUGUCGUUCUUCCCCUAAAGCUCUGAUCUCUUGCAAUAAAAAGUCACUUUAUCUUCCACCAGAAAUGCCAGCUAUUCAUAUUGAAUUCACUGAAUAUUACUACCCAGAUGGAAAGGACUUUCCUAUUCCAUGUCCAAAUUUGUACGGCCAGCUGAAUGCUUUACAGUUCACUCUGGAUCAGAGAAGUAUUCUUUGGCUAAACCAGUUUGUGUUGGAUUUGAAACAGAGUCUUAUUCAGUUCAUGGCCAUGUACAAGUUAAAUGACAAUUCAAAAUCAGAUGAACAUGUUGAUGUGAGAGUGGAUGGACUAAUGUUAAAGAUCAUCAUCCCAUUUGAAAACAAACCUGAAAUUCAUAAAGAUCAACCUCGUGCACUUUCCAUUCAAAGUUCAGAGAUGAUUGCUACGAAUACCAGAUGCUCACCAAACUGUAGACACUCUGAUCUAGAAGCUUUGUUUCAGAACUUCAAGGACUCUGAAUUUUUCAGUAGAAAUUUCACCACUUUUCCUAAGUCCCCCAAAAAUUUUAAUCUUUUACAUCCAAUCUUCCAGAGACAUGCUCAUGAACAAGAUACCAAAAUGCAUGAUGUUUAUAAAGGUUAUAUCAUUCCAGAAUUGAAUAAAUAUGCAUUAAAGACAUCUGCAGCUACUGAUGUUUGGGCCAUGCAUUUUUCCCAGUUUUGGAUAGAUUACGAAGGAACGAAAAGUGGGAAAGGCCGGCCAAUAAGCUUUGUGGACUCUUUUCCGCUUUCGCUUUGGAUUUGUCAGCCAAUAAGAUUUGCAAAGUCACAAAAAGAGCUUGUAUCCCGUAAUCAGACAGCCAUGAACAUUCCAAAAAGUGAAUCUAGUGAUCUCUCUAAUAGAUUGCAACGUAAAAAACUUCUAAAGGAGUAUUACAGCAGUGAGACGGAGCCCUCGACCAAUGGCAUUCAAAUGUCUGAGACUUCAGGAGUGCUUUCUGAAAGCUCUUUCUCUGAUGCAGAUGUACAUGUUCUUGUCCAUGUUCAAAAACAUGUAAGCGUGCAGCUCAAUCACUACCAGUAUCUUUUUUUGCUGUUUCUCCACGAAUCUCUUGUAUUGCUCCUGGAAAACUUAAGGAAGGAUGUAGAGGCAGUGACAGGAAAACCUGCAAAGCAAACAGAUGUCUGCAUUGGGAUUCUACUGAAAACUGCAGAAGUAGCCUUACUGCUCCAUCCAGUGACUCAGGGAAACCCUUGUAAAUCUCCUGUUGAGGAAGAAGGAAGUACCAUGGCAUCAGAACUCUCCCCUGUGGGAAAUGGGGAAACUCUUACUUCAGAGAGUAAAUUAGUUGGUAGUAAGAUAGUGGAAGCCAGUAUUACUACUUUUGGUUAUGUAAAUGACUGCAAGCCUCUGAAUGCUGAAGUUAAUAAGGGAAUUUUAAUAGAUCCUCUUUUGUUUAAAUCAGACAGUAAUAUGGAUUUUCAGAAAGCAAUGUCAUUUUCCGAUGAUGCAUCAGAUAAAGGUUUGGGAGAUACGAGUGAAGGAGGAAGCAGUGGACUUUUUAGUAGAAGUGAUUCAGAAGAGGUCUGUGGACCUCUAAGUGAGAAAAGUAGUUUGAAUCCUAGGGAUUCGGUGUCCAUUCUAAAUAAGAGAGAAGAUUCUACUGAAUUUUUCAUUGAUAAAGAGGAUGACAGAAACAUAUUCUCAAAUAAGUUAAAUGAACAGGAAGGCACAACUGAAGGCUGUCCUAACCAAGUCGCUGACUUGGAAACAGAAACUGCCUUAGAAUCUGAAGAGCUUGAAAUCAACAAAGACAAAGUGGCUUCAGUUAAAAUGUUUGCAUCCCAGUCUUCUUCAAGUGCUAAGCCUAAGGAACGCUGCUCGUCCAACCUCCCCGCAUUCUCUGUCUCUUACAAAAAUAUGAAGAGAAGUCCAUCACAAGUGUCUCUGGAUACCAUCUCUAUUGAUAGUAUGAUGCUAGAGGAUCAUUUGAUAGAGAGUGAUGGAAGUGAUAGUCAAAGCUUUCUGGAGAAAGGUAUUACAGCCACAAACUAUCAAAGCCCAUCAGAAAAUGUCCACGAAAGAGGCACAGUGAUGGAAAAUUGUGAUGGUUCAUCUCCAGAUGCCAUAAGUGCUGCUUCAGAAAAUGCUCAUGAGACUAGUGAAGAAAUGAUGUCUGUUGUGGUUUUUCAAGUAUUUGGUAUUAAUGGUGAAAUUGACAUCAGAGGAGAAGACACAGAAAUAUGCUUACAGGUCAACCAAGUGAUACCAAACCAACUAGGAAAUAUUGGUGUUCGACAAUAUAUGUGCAACAGAACUGUUGGUUCUGACUGUAAAUCUGUGGCUGGACCUGUUAAUUCUUCACCUGAGAUUAGUCUGAGAUGGGAAAGCGGGCCUAGUGCUGUUGUACAUUCCCUGCUAGCUGUAAAAAAUGGGUUUCUUCAGUGUCAUGUGGAGAACUUCAGUGCUGAAUUUCUAACAUCUUCUCUUGCAAAUAUUCAGCAUUUUCUAGAAGAUGAAACUGUCGCAGAAGUGAUGCCUAUGAAGAUAAAAGUUUCUAAUGCAAGGAUUAAUUUAAAAGAUGACAGUCCACGUGAAAAUCUUAAGGCAUCUGAGCUGGUACCCAUAAAACUUCAUAUUGACAUACUCUGGAUAGAAAGAAAUGAUGAUGGCACUUUUCUCAUUAGAGACAAUCAAAAAACAAAUGAUGUGUCAAAGAGGAAGAAUUCAAGCAGCACAUUGCAGCAAGCAGUGGGAUCCGUUGAACGUAAAACACAGGACCAAGCCACGCAAACUACUUGGGAAACACCCAGACCUUCUAAAUCAAGCGGGGAUUCAUCUGACUUCCUUAAAAAUGAGCUUAUUGAAGAAAAUGAAUGUCUCAAACAGGAACUGGCCAAAGCCAAAAUGGCUCUUGCUGAGGUCCAGAUGGAAAAAGAUGCCCUGCUCCAUCGCAUGAAGAGGAUGAAUGUUGAUCAUCAGUAGGACACUGCUCUCUUGGUACAAAGCAUCAUCAUCAUAACUGCAGGUGGUGGUGGUGGCACCUAAAAUACUGUCUGCAAAUCACUUGAAAAUGUGCUUAUUUUUGUUAUUUUUUUGCUUACAGACAGUUUUGUCAUUACAAAAAAAAAAAUGUUUGUGAACCAGGUACUCUUCUGAAAUUAUCAUUAAACAUUGAAACUUUUCUCAGCCCAUUUUAAACUGAAAGGACUUUGGGAAAAUCAGUUUAUACUGUACUUUAUUAAUUUACUGAGGAAAAAAAUCAUAUCAUCUACUUUUAAUAUUAUCAAAGGAAAUGUUAUUUUUAAAAUGUUUUCUGAAAAGUGGGUGGUCCAGCAAUGAAAGAAGGUGCCUGGGUACAUAGCAGAGUCCAUGUACCACGCCUCACUAACAAGGUGUACCUCUUUUUCUAAGGUUAUGCUACUUGAUUGUUGCCAGAAGAUAUCUAUAGAAGAGGUUACAUUUGCACUAUGAUGAUACAGGCUAGAUCCUCUAGAAUAGUAUAGCUACUGAAAAUUAAAGUACCAGCCCUAAACUGGCCCUACAUUCAGUGUCAUUUGCCCCGAGAGGAUUUUAAGUAUAAUCUUCUGGUGCUAUAGAGUUUCAUAUACCUUUUCCAAAUGCACUCCUAAAAGAAAACAGUAAAUGCUGGAGAAUUUAAAUAAGAGGGCAUACUACUGGGCUUUCCUUCUGCUUGAAGGUCCACUAUAUCUGUACAGCUGAUGUAAUUUAGACAUUCACACUUUAUUUUUCCUUUCUCUGUGAAGAGGAUAUAGCCCUCACAUAGGAUCUGGCCUUUUGUCACAGGUGAGCUUUGAGCCAUUUUGCAUGCAUGUCUGAUUCCUGCACAACUCAUCAGACAUGCCCAAGGAUUUGGUUCCAUGUGUUUAAAUAAAUAAUGUCAGUGCUUGUGAGGGGGGAAAAUCCUACUGGGAUUCAUUAGUUGUAUAUUGCUCUUUUUUGAUAAAAAAGCUGUAGAGAAAUCACUUAAUUACCCACAGAAAUUGUGAGAUUACAUGAAAUGUAAUUAUACAGUUUAAAUUAUGGGUGAUUUGUACAAAUUGAACAAUAAUUUUCAGCUAAAAACUGGUACAGAUGAAUAAGUAAAAAAGCACAACACCAUAGAGACUAUAAGAGUGUGCUUCUAAACAAUUUAGGAAACAAUGUACAAAACCAUAUAUGCCUGUAAGAGAUUGUCUUUGCUGGAAGUAAAACUGACUGAAUAAUUUAACUAGUGACCUUGAAUCUGACAAAUGAAAAUCUUUUAAUUGCUACCACAAUUGUUUCUGCUCCAUGGGAUCUUGGAGGGAAGUUCUGUUUGUAGAUAAGCAAACAAAUCUCAAAAAGUAUUUAGUAUCCUGUGGUUUGACUUUGCAUACUCAGGUUGUCAAACCAGUUUUAAUUAAAUUGUUUUCAUUAAAACUUUUUGGAGGACACAUAAUUUGCGCUGCUAGAAACAGUCCUUGAAAGUGUGUAGAUUUUAACCAAGAACUCUGUGGAAGAACUGGUUCAGGCACUAUUUUAAAGCCUGCCAUAUGAAACCCUAAUUGAAACUCUUCUUAAUUCCCAUGGAAAUUUUUAUUUUAUUAUUCUGAAUUAGAUAAAAAAUAAACACACAAUGUUUCUAUUCGAGAAAUUAAAUAUUUGUAUUUGAAUAGUUAUAUAAGACAACACAGUAUUAAAUAUGAGUGGUGCAAUUUCACAUAAAUAUGAUGUCAGAUUCAGGGGAGGAAUUCUCCUUUGGUUUAACUCUGGUUGGUACUAUUAAAGUAUUUCUUUUUGGUUUAUCCUUGCCAAGAUCUAGUUGGAAUUAUUUUGAAGAAGGAAUGUAUAGAGUGCUUAGUAGCAUGUUGCUAGAAUAUUACAUUGAGAAUUAUCUAAUUUUUAAAAAGAAAUAAAUAGCAAUAUCAAA